AUGUUCCCCCCAAGAGCAAUUCGCUCUCUGAAACGAACUGACAGUUCCCCAAACUCUUUCUGCCUUGAACAUCACACAGCUGUCAAGCCCCAAUACUUAACUCGAGUCCUCGCAGUCGAAACCACACUUAACUCUCUCCCUGCUGACAUCAGCCUGACGCGUAUCGCUUCAGGUCGAUUGGAAAAUAUUCCAAGUUAA